AUGGCGCAAAUCACGAAAGCCGAAGCUACAGCGGCGAACCAACUGAACUCUCCUCUCUUCCGUCUACCAGCAGAGCUACGAAACCUCAUCUACCACUACGCGCUCGGCAACUGCACCCUCUUCCUGGUACCGUCCCAAAAGUCUCUGCGUCUCUUUCAGCGCGACAUGCCCGCUUUUCCCCUCCUAGCUGUAUGCACCCAGAUCCAGAGCGAAGCAGCACUCCUCCCCUAUAUUCUCAACACAUGGGACAUCGCCACCCGAGAUACCUUGUACUUGUUUCUGGAAAAAAUCCAUCCACGUUACAUCCAGGCCAUCAAGAAACUAGACAUUGGUCUCUGGACCGUCGCGCUGCAAUCGACGGGAAUGAUUUGUGCGUGGCUCGAGAAGUUCAAGGGUCUAGAGGAAGUUGUCUUCAGUUACAAUCCGGGCUUCGACCAGACGUGGAUACAUGAUUGGGUGCAGCGCUGGGAGAGGGUGGUGACGUUAAUGCGGAAACGGCUGCCCCUGGUGAGAACAGCGACGAGGGGCUCAAGGGAAGGGGUUCCUUGA